CAUUGUGGGUUCAAACAGUCCGGCGAAUCAGCAAAUUCAGAGCUCUGACAACCACUGUUGGGACCCACUUUUCUUUUACAUUCAUAUUCCUCCAUUUGUUUUCGCUAAGUCCGAGCUCUCUUGGCAUUGUAUUUAAGCAAGUGGAGCUGCCAGUUUUUCUACCCAUCUAAAUUGGACUGAGAUCUGACUGUCGCAAAUGGCUGAGAACUGGGUAUUGACGACCACGGCGCAGACGCCCACCAACAUAGCGGUGAUUAAGUAUUGGGGGAAGAGGGACGAGACCCUGAUCUUGCCGGUUAAUAGCAGCAUCAGCGUCACACUGGAUCCCACCCACCUCUGCACCACCACUACUGUGGCCGUCAGCCCCGCCUUCCAGCAAGAUCGUAUGUGGCUCAAUGGGAAGGAAAUCUCUCUUUCUGGAGGAAGGUACCAGAAUUGUUUAAGGGAAAUUCGAAGUCGUGCUGGUGAUGUUCAGGAUAAACAGAAAGGUAUCAAGAUAGAGAAGAAAGAUUGGGAGAAACUGCAUGUGCAUAUAGCCUCUUACAACAAUUUCCCUACUGCUGCUGGAUUGGCUUCUUCCGCUGCUGGUUUUGCAUGUCUUGUUUUUGCCCUUGCAAAGCUGAUGAACGUGAAAGAAGAUCUGAGCAAGCUUUCAGCUAUAGCUAGACAAGGUUCAGGCAGUGCUUGCCGUAGUCUAUUUGGUGGAUUUGUCAAGUGGAUAAUGGGAAAAGAAGAGGAUGGAAGCGACAGUCAUGCAGUUCAACUUGUAGAUGAGAAGCAUUGGAAUGAUCUUGUUAUUAUUAUUGCUGUGGUAAGUUCACGGCAGAAGGAGACAAGUAGCACCACGGGAAUGCGUGAGAGUGUUGAGACAAGUUUGCUUUUAAAACAUAGGGCAGAGGAAAUUGUGCCAAAACGCAUAGUACAAAUGGAAGAAGCCAUCAAAAAUUGGGAUUUUGCAUCUUUUGCACAAUUGACCUGUGCUGAUAGUAAUCAAUUUCAUGCAGUCUGCUUGGAUACAUCUCCUCCCAUAUUCUAUAUGAAUGAUACAUCCCACAGGAUAAUCAGCUGUGUUGAGAAGUGGAAUCGUACUGAAGGAUCUCCACAGGUGGCAUAUACUUUUGAUGCUGGGCCAAAUGCAGUUCUAAUUGCACGAGAUAGAAAGACUGCUAUGCAGUUGCUUCAGAGACUUCUUUUCCACUUCCCUCCAAACCCUGAUACUGAUCUUAACAGCUAUGUUAUUGGUGAUAAGUCUAUACUAAAAGAAGCCGGGAUUGAGAGAAUGAAGGAUGUUCAGGCUCUGUUACCACCUCCUGAAGUGAAGGAUAACGUUCAAGCCCAGAAGUAUCCAGGGGAUGUCAGUUACUUCAUCUGUACAAAACCUGGGAAAGGCCCUGUUCUGCUCUCUGAUGAAAGCUUGGCUCUUAUUGACCCUAAAACCGGACUUCCUAAGUAGCUUAUAUUGCCCCACAUUUCUCUGCUCUAGUUAUCUUCUCUUUGAAGGACACUAGGAUAUCUCAACAUUCCACAAGCCUGAUUCCGCCCCUUCAAAUGAUACUUUUAGAUCUCAUGUGUGACUCUUGAGCAGUUGCAAAUUUGUGAUUUAGCUUUGCUCUUUUUUCCAAUUGGGAUUUUGCCCCUUAAAAAAAUAAAUGAAUAAUUUUCCUCACUUCCAAAUAUUUUCUCUCUAAUUUUCAGUUGUAAACCAAUGAAUCUAUUUCCUUUACGAAGAGCUCUGUAUUUCUUGAAUUAGAAAGAAUAAGAAACUCUAAUCAAAAUGCCGAGUCUGG